AUGUGCUGGAGACCCCUGUGCCAGCUCCUGUGGCUUUGGUCCUAUCUGUCCUAUGUUCAAGCUGUGCCUAUCCAGAAAGUCCAGGAUGACACCAAAACCCUCAUCAAGACCAUUGUCACCAGGAUCAAUGACAUUUCACACACGCAGUCGGUAUCCGCCAAGCAGAGGGUCACUGGCUUGGACUUUAUUCCUGGGCUUCACCCCAUUCUGAGUUUGUCUAAGAUGGACCAGACUCUGGCAGUCUAUCAACAGAUCCUCACCAGCCUGCCUUCCCAAAAUGUGCUGCAAAUAGCCAAUGACCUGGAGAACCUCCGAGACCUCCUCCACCUGCUGGCCUUCUCCAAGAGCUGCUCCCUGCCUCAGACCAGUGGCCUGCAGAAGCCAGAGAGUCUGGAUGGCGUCCUGGAAGCCUCGCUCUACUCCACAGAGGUGGUGGCUCUGAGCAGGCUGCAGGGCUCUCUGCAGGACAUUCUUCAACAGUUGGACGUUAGCCCUGAAUGCUGA